AUGUCUUCCACACCGCCGAAGGACUACCGGCGGGAGAUCGACGCCAUAUACCCGGAGCCGCUCUCUCGACUCAACCGCGUCGUCGAGCCCCAUCCUCACUCCUACAAGCGGGCCACCAAGAAGAAAAUGAACCGAACCGGACGGUUUCGAACUACGCCUGUCACCUUCGACGAGAUUAAGGAGGUGGAUGAGGACGCGGAGGUUGGUUGUGAGGUGACGGAGGAGAGCGCCGCCGCCUCCAGCCGCUCCGAGCACGACCUCCGUCAGCACUUCGAGAAGUUCCUAGAGCGAAUGGAUCGCAGGAGAUCCCAACCCUCCAAGGUGGUCCAGGGAGCCAGCGACGGUCCUGCCAAGGAGGCUGCAGUGGUGACCCUGGCGGAGGACGACUUCCCCAAGAACUACACCAGGAAGGCCAGACCGUCGAUAUGAACGCCAGCCCCACCCUCUCCAUGCUUGUAUACUUGCUUUAUCCUACCGCAGAAAUCCCGGGUCAAGGGCGCUCCUACGCGCCGCCAAGGACGUCUGCACGGCCAAGAGGCACUCCAGGAUCUCCUCUUGGAUAUCCACAAGCCACACGUUCUUAUUCUGCGACAUUGUCGCGUUCAGUGUUAAAACUCGGUGAACGUUGGCACAUACGGCGGUCAAUUCUGAGCGCUUGGUGAACAUUUCUAGAGGAUUGAUGCCUGGAGCAUGCGCAGGAACCAAUGUGUUGCAUGUUGGUUUGUAAAAAUGUAUGUAAUAGUAUUUGAAAGCAGUGAAGUUUAAGGAUUUGUUAGUGUGUAGAGCGUGUGGGUUAUUGAGCAGCUGUAGGGCGGGAAAGGACGCCCCCUCCACCGUCCAUGGUCACCACUUCUGUAAUCAGGAAACUUUAGCUUCUGUAAGUCAUGUUCUCUCCCAUGAUGUCAGCAGACUGUGUCGCUGGCUGUGCCGCCAACCACACCACCAGUGUGGCACAGACCCACCAGUGUGG